AUUUUUGACAAGUAAAAUAUUUUGAAACAUAGGUCAAAACAAUUUUUUUGCAAAAUAAAAAUAAAAACCAAAAUGGGUGUGAAAUAUAAAAAAGCGAAAUAAUAAUAUUGUAUAUGAUUAUUCAAUAUGGAUUUAGAUGAAGUUAUAACUGUGACAAAAAUAAAUACAUUGAAAGAGUGUCUUUACUUAUUAAUCGGCUGGCAAACAACUUCUUUCGAAAUCUAUAUAUUUGCUAAAGAAAAGGUUUGGAAAGGAAAAUUUUCGCCAAAUCGUUUAGCAAGUUUUAGCAGAAACCUUCAAAUAUCAGAAAAAGAGUACUUUAACAAUCUUAAGCAAUGCUUAUCCCUACAAAAAAAUAAUUACGUGUUUGAAUUAAAAAGUGGUUUCUUUUAUUGGAAACGAAAAGUAGAUAAUAUGGUUAUUAUAGAAGGUUUUCUUCCAGUGGAAACAGAUACAUCACCAAAAAAAAUGCAACCAGAUUUAUUAGAAGUAUUGCUUGCCUUAAAUAAACAAUUAACACGCAAAGCAUACUACUGGGAACAAAAAUGCAGAAGUAUGCAUUUAGAGUAUGAAAAGUGCCUUAAAGAUACAGAAGAAUUUUUAAAUCUUAAAAUAGACAUGGAAAAAGCACUUUGCGAUAAAUUCCUUAAUCUGUUAAAAUUAAAAAAGGAAAAAAAUUUGGAGAGUCAUGGUAAUAAUAAGAAAAAUAUGAAAUUUGAAGAUAUGAAGGAACUUUUGGAAGGACUAUAAACUGUGAAAAUGUUUAAAAAACGGCCAAAUCUUUUCAAAACUUAAAUAGCCUUCUCUAUUGCGAGGAAAACCAAAUUAAAAGUUUAUGAAAGGAUGAGAACUACAUUCAUUAUUAUUAAAAAAAGCGUUUAUUUCAAUUAUAAACAGUAUUUUAAUAUUUUGUGAAACCGGAAACGUCCCGAGGAAAAUGUUCCCAGCGGAUUUCUCAUUCUACCUGUUUAACGACUUUGUUACCGUCGUAAUAAUUUGUCGUUAACUAAUAGGCUAUUUACCAAUCAAAGUUUAUUAGUCUGUUGAAGUCAAUUGCAAAAUGUAUGGUUUAUCUUGUUUAAAAAUUCAUCGUCACUUCAUUACAAAUCUCACAUUGUGUUAAAUUUUUUUAAUAUCAGUAAAUGCUAGCACAAUUUGUUCAACUCGGUAGUGGCAAACAAACAAAAACCAUUAUUAUUUGACGAUUAAAACGCAAACACACACACACUUUACACAUUAAAAAAUUGUUUUUGUUAAUAUAUAGUUUCUUGUA